AUGGCUGGCCAAGAAGAUUGUGCUUCUGUUCUCGAGCAGUUCAUCUAUGAUGGAGCCAACCUCCCUGCAGAGAUCAGUCAUAUGAUGGAAGAGAUCGAGGCCAAGAGCACAGAGAUGCAGAAGCAUUUGACUCUCAUUCAUACGAAGGAUGCAAAUCUGCAGAAGAACAUCAAGGCCAAUGGCGUUCUGCAAGCUCAUCCCAAGGAAGCCGAGUAUCACGAGCAAGUGAAGAAGCACUACGACGCAGUGGCUAAGCUCCAGCAGCAGAAGGUGCAGUUGAGUGAGAGGGCGGUCAGUAUGCUUGAGCGACAAAUUCGACGGUUUGAUGGCAAGAUCCGAGAACUUGCAAACGACAAUCAAUUAUCUACUGAAGGAUUACCGAGCUCCUUCAAUCGCAAACCUGACAGGCCGUUCGUGGACACUGGUCAAACUGUGCCCCUACAGAACUCUUCCAUCAGUGCUCUCAACGCGAAUGCACAUCGUGCUAAUGCAGAAGCUCAGGCGAGAGCGCAUCAAGCCCAAGUCACCGCAGCGAAAGCUACAGCCCAACGUCCGUCACCUGUCACACCGAUUGCUGCCCAAGCGCAGCGCCAGCGCGAACGCGAAGCUUCUCAGGGUGCUGAUAGCAAACGACGCAAACUGGGCAAUCCUUUGGCUAAUGCAAACAUUCCAGCUCAGCCAUCUAAUUUAAGGCAGUCAUCCCUCGGGCCAGGUACACCUAAAGCAGGAACCCCAACUGCAGUCAAUCCUGCAGGCAGUCGAGCAGGUAGUGUCCCUCGUACAACCGUGACGGCACCACAACCAAACACUGUCGCGCUCAAGAAGUCGGCUUUGGCCAAAAAGGUCAUGACGAACCAAGGCAUCAAAGCUAAGAACAAGCAUGCCAAAAGAAUGUCUUCAGUCACUGGUCGAAAGAAGACGCACUCGCCAUCUGGCCGAAGUGGCCGCGCUGGGACGGCUGCUUCCGAAGAAGAAUCAGUCCUGUCUUCAGCAGAUGCAUCAGAAACAGACGCCUCCCAAAGUCGCUCUAGAGGUGGUCGUAAGAAGAAGCACCUUGUCAAGGAAGAAGCUACCGAGGAGGCUGAGACGACCAUGGAAGCCUUCAAGAGUGAGCAGAAGACGCAAGCUGUAGAGGAGCUUGCACGAGAUCCGCAUAGCAAUGUCUCCUCGUCUGAUGUCGAGAAAGUCAUCAUGGACGAGAGCAAGAAAGCUGGAGCUGUCGCAUUGUCCUUCGACCCCAAUGCUAGUCCUGAAGAAAAGGCAGCACAGGCUCGGGCAGUCACCAAUAAUGUCAAGGCCGGUCGCCCGCCGAAAGCAAUGGGCAUAGCUACGGACCUGGAUACCAAAGGUCCGGACGACUAUAAGCUCCCGCCUCCCUCGAUCAAUGGAGCCAUCCCGGCGACGUCCAACGGCGAUGUAGCGCCCAACGGGGUACCCAAAAGUCAAGAGAGCGACUGGGACAAAGUUGGCUGGGAGCCACGCUUCGGCACAGGAGAGACCGCAUCUCAGAAAGAGGAAGAUGACCGGAAUUUGCUUGACCACCAGACUUGGGUUGAGAGCAAGCUCGAGGACAAGUUCUUCGGUGAUUGGUACCACAAUGCCGCCGUGAUAGUCUUUGCCUGUCUCUCCUCCUGGCUGAUCGCUGAGCUGGGAGGCGGCCUGGCCUGGGUCUUCAUAGUGAUGGCAGCUUGUGGCACAUACUACCGCACAUCAAUCAGACGAGUCCGCCGAAACUUCCGGGACGACAUUACUCGCGAAAUGGCCAAAGCGAAGCUGGAGACCGACCACGAAAGUCUCGAGUGGAUCAACAGCUUUCUCGUCAAGUUCUGGCCAAUAUACGCUCCACAGCUGGCCAUGGGCAUUGUCCAAUCUGUCGAUCAAGUGUUGAGCACAUCGACUCCGGCGUUCCUCGAUUCUAUGCGGCUCAAGACCUUCACCCUAGGAACGAAGCCUCCUCGACUAGAGCACGUCAAGACAUACCCUCGUGCGGAGGACGAGAUCGUCAUGAUGGACUGGAAGUUCAGCUUCACGCCUACUGAUACUAUGGAUAUGACUGCUCGCCAGCUGAAGAACAAGGUCAACCCAAAAGUGGUUCUGGAGAUCCGCAUAGGCAAAGCCAUGGUCAGCAAAGCCAUGGAGGUCAUCGUUGAGGACUUUGCAAUUAGCGGCUUGAUGAGAGUCAAGAUGAAGCUCCAGAUCCCGUUCCCGCACAUUGAGCGAGUCGACAUCUGCUUCCUUGGCCGCCCAGACAUCGACUAUGUCUGCAAACCUCUCGGUGGUGAUACCUUCGGUUUCGACAUCAACUUCAUCCCAGGCCUGGAAACUUUCAUCAAAGACCAGAUUCACGCCAAUUUAGGACCGAUGAUGUACGAUCCCAAUGUCUUCCCAAUCGAAGUGGCGAAAAUGCUGUCUGGCAACCCCAUCGACAUGGCAAUUGGUGUCUUAGCUGUCACCCUCCACGGAGGUCAAGGUCUCAAGAACCCUGACAAGUUUUCUGGUACACCCGAUCCGUAUGUCAUUGCAUCGCUCAACAACAGCAAAGAGUUGGGCCGAACGAAAACCAUUCACGAGAACGCAAAUCCGAGAUGGGGCGAGACGCUCUACAUCAUUCUUACGAACCUCACUGACGCGCUUACGCUGGUACCAUAUGACUACAACGAGUUCCGCAAGGACAAGGAGCUCGGCGUUGCCACCUUCGCUCUCGACAAGAUCGAGUCUGGUGAGCAUGAGCACGAAAACUUACAACUCGAGGUUUUGGCCAGUGGCCGGUCGCGAGGAGUCCUUCAGUGCGACGUAAGAUUCUUCCCAGUCCUUACCAAUCAGAAGCUCGAGGACGGCACAGAACUCCCUGUCCCGGAAUCGAAUACGGGUAUUGCGCGUAUAAGCAUCGAGCAAGCUAAAGAGCUUGACGGGAGCAAGAGCUUAGUUGGACAGCUUAAUCCAUAUGGCGUUCUUCUACUUAAUGGGAAGGAGAUCCACGUUACUGGAAAGUUGAAGCGCACCAACAACCCUGUCUUCCCGGACGCAAGCAAGUCCAUUCUAGUCACGGAUCGCAAGAAGGCGCGGGUUGGCCUCGUCAUCAAGGACGAUCGUGACCUUGCUGCGGAUCCUGUCCUCGGGACGUACCAGGUCAAACUGGACGACAUGAUGAAACUCAUGGAAAAGGGCCAAGAGUGGUUCAACUUACACGGCACCAAGAGCGGCCGAGCCAAGAUGUUGAUCGAUUGGAAACCUGUCGCACUGAGAGGAGUCACAGGUGGCAGCGGCGGCUACAUCACCCCCAUCGGCGUCAUCAGGAUUCAUGUGAAGAAUGCCACUGACCUUCGAAAUGUCGAGAAGUUUGGCAAGUCGGAUCCUUACGCCAGAGUGCUGUUGUCUGGAAUAGUCCAAGGCCGGACAGUGACGUUCCAGAACGAGCUCAACCCAACGUGGGACGAAGUUAUCUACGUUCCAAUUCACGCAACUACCGAGAAGUUGACGCUUCAGGUAAUGGACGCCGAGUCACUUGGCAAAGAUCGACCACUCGGUCAGGUCCAAAUCAAUGCCUCAGACUACAUGCAGGAAUCCGACGAAGGCGGCUAUCUUGUUCACGACGAGAAGAGGUCGAUGAGUGAAGGCCUGCGCAUGGGUGGGCAAGGUGUGGCGAAGGGUAUGAUCCACUUCACAGUCUCGUUCUACCCAACGCUCAAUGUUAUUGAUCCCGAAGAGGAGGAAGAAGAGCGCAAGGCGGCCGAGGACCUUGAAAAGACCGCUACAAAUGGCACAAGCGUCAACGGUACCGCCCACAGCUCUGCAGGAUCCACGCCACCGACCCCAACAAUAGCGCAUAGCAAGAAGUCAUCUGUGGACGUCAAGACACCCACAAGUGCCACACGCCCGAGCCUGGAUGGUCGCAAGACGUUGGAUGCUGCUGGAAGACUCUCCACGACAUCUUACCGAGCCCCGUCCAUGAGUGGAAGCUUACUCUCAGUCAAGAAGGAAGCUCCCAAAGUUCGCGUCAAUGUCGAUGAUUUGACUCAAUACGAGAGCGGAUUGCUCAUCUUUCAAAUCAUCGAGGGCACAUUUGCUCAUGAUGACGUGUACUUGGAAGUAGUCAUGGACGACCAUAUCUUCCCAUCUUAUCAGUCUUCGAAAGUGCGGAGCAGAUCGCACAAGUUCAUGGAGACAGGCGAUGCUUUCGUUCGAGAGCUCGACUUUUCGCGAAUAACUGUGCGACUGGUCGAAAAAGCGGACCGAGGAGGCAAGGGCACGGAUGAGGACCACAUCGUUGCGAAAUUACAAGGCCCACUCCUACCGACGCUGCAGCAAUGCCUGUACAAGGAAACUGCACUCACCAUCAAGGGUACCGAUGGCACCAGCAACAAGGUCAGCUUCAAGAUGCGGUAUCUUCCUGUGAAAAUGAAGCUGGACCCCAGCGAGAGUAUCAACAACAUGGGCACAUUGCGUGUGGAUGUUCUUGACGCGACUGAUCUGCCUUCGGCCGAUCGAAACGGCUUUAGCGAUCCGUACUGCAAGUUCAAGCUGAACGGCAAAGAUGUCUUCAAGACGAAAGUGCAGAAGAAGACACUUCAUCCGGCAUGGAAUGAGUCUUCGAACACACCAAUCAAUCUCGAAGUCUUAGAGCCGUUCCAGGCUCAGGAACUUCAUUACACACUAGAUGGAAAGUCAGGGGUCUUGCGGCUCAAGAUGGUCUUUAAGCCAGACUAUGUCACACGGUCGCGGCAAGGUACUUCGACCUUCUCGGGUACAUUCGCGCCGGCCGGCAAGGUCGUAGGAGCACCUGUGAAGGGUGUUGCCAAAGUUGGUGGUGGUGUCAUCAAGGGCGCAUCUUUCUUGAAACGGGGACUGACCGGCCGACAUAGUAGUAAGGACGAGAAGAUGGAGGUUAAUGGCGCUUACGACGAGACCCCACCUCCGAGCACACCAGCCGGCACACCACAGCGUGCAGGCGCGCUUCAGGACACCGCCAACUCAACGCCGGGCACACCACUAACGCCGCAUUCACGAAACAAGAGCGGCAGUUCGAUGGUAGGCGGCACACCCGGUGGACCGGAGACAGGAACAGCAAGCUUUAUCAUCGUCUCAGCGUCUGGAUACCCGCCCGAUGCCGACGUGCGGGUACACGUCAAGAUGCUGGGCGCGAAGGGCAGUAAGGAGGUCUUCAAAACCAAGGCCAUUAAGUCGUCUUCGGGCACGGUCGAGUACAACGCAAGCCACGAGAACUUCAAAGUCAACUGUUCGGCCGAUACUCAAUUCCAGAUCUCGGUCAAGGACAAGGGAACGUUCAAGGACGAUGAUCUUGGCGAGGGCAUGUUCUUCGUCUCGGAUCAGGGUGAGGGGUCGGAGCAGAGUGUUAAGGCUGGGUCGGGUACGGUUGUGAUCCGAAGCAGUUUCAAGGCAAAUGAGGGACCUGGUGGUGCGGAUGCACAGAGCCUGCGUCCUUCCACCAGCGGCAGAGAUAGUCCUGAUGCGAAGCGUGACGGUGGACAUAGAAAGAGCUUCUUUGGGCGGAGGGAUGUCAGUGGAAGGCAUGAGGCUGCGAGUAAGGAGUAA